CCGCAGCGGUAGAAGAAGAGGCUGCUCCGUAGACGCAGUCCGCCAUUUGGUGUCUCGGAGGCUUCAGAAGCUUCUUUUUCUUAGAAAUCGGCCAAAGAUACAGUUUCACCUGCAGCGAUACCUGCGCACGAGGCAGCAGCGCAUCAUAGCGGCGGUGAUGGCGGCCGACCGGCGCGAGGACAAAGACGGAGAGCUGAACGUUCUGGAAGAUUUACUGACUGAAGCUCCGGAUCAGGACGAUGAGCUCUACAACCCCGAGACUGAGCGUGACGUCAGCGACAAGAAAGGUACAAAGAGGAAGAGUGAGCGCUCUGACAGCCAGGAUCUAAAGAGGCUCCGCCCCUCGUCGGGCCAUGGUACUUCCAGGUCAUCGUCCUCCAAUAAGAGGGCUCCAGGGCCGUCUCUGUCCUCUAAAAAGGCGUCCAGCCCCCGUGGCCGUCACUCUACUACCUACCGUCAUGAAUACUACGAGGAAAGAAAGGGGCGGCGAGGGGCCCGGGAGGCGACCAGGAGCCGCGGAGGAGAGGACGCAAGACGACGAGAGUCCCAGAGAGGCCUGGAGGGUCUGAGUCAGAAGUUACGCCGUGAUGAGCGACGGGCAAGUCCCUCCCCUCAUGAGGAGGACAACCAGUCAGAGGAGGAGACAGGAGCAGAUUAUGGCUCAGAGCAGGUGUCAGGCAGCUCCUCCCCUGCCGCCUCCCAUGUAGAGGAAGAGGAGGAAGAGGAAGAGGAUCAAGAGGAGGAGGAGGACGAGGAGGAGGAGGGCAUGGAGGAAGAAGAGGAGGAGGAUGAGGAGGAAGAGGAAGGAGAGAAGGAGGAAGAGGAGGAAGAGGAAGAGGAGGAGUAUGACCGCCGUGGUGGGGAGGGCAAUGACUACGACACACGCAGCGAGGCUGGCGAUUCACGCUCCGCCUCCUCUGUCAGCUUCUCUGAUGAUGGAGAGUCAGCUCACUCAGGCUCCGCCUCUGAGGCCUCAGGGUCUGAGAAGAAACGGGAGAAACUGUCAUCGUCAGUCCGAGCUGUUCGUAAAGGGAUGGAGAAUCCAACCAGCAAACUGCGUUACAUCCUGAGAGAUGCUCGAUUUUUCCUCAUUAAGAGCAACAACCAUGAGAACGUGUCACUGGCCAAAGCCAAGGGUGUUUGGUCGACGCUGCCGGUGAACGAGAAGAAGCUGAACGCCGCCUUCCGCUCAGCUCGGAGCGUCGUCCUCAUCUUCUCUGUGAGGGAGAGCGGUAAAUUCCAAGGUUUUGCUCGUUUGGCGUCCGAGUCUCAUCAUGGCGGCUCUCCGAUCCACUGGGUGCUCCCUGCCGGAAUGAAUGCCAAGAUGCUGGGUGGAGUCUUCAAGAUUGACUGGCUCUGCAGGAGGGAGCUCCCUUUCAUUAAGACCGCCCACCUUUCCAACCCGUGGAAUGAACACAAGCCGGUGAAAAUCGGACGUGAUGGACAGGAGAUCCAGCCAGACGUCGGCGCUCAGCUCUGCGCGCUGUUCCCAUUGGAUGAGAGCGUGGACAUGCAUCAGGUGGCUCGUCGCAUUCGUCAUAAGCGCCGGACACCGUCGGAGCCACGGCCUCGGGGCCGACCGCCACAGCGUGAACCGGGAAGGCGUCGACCUGAAGAGUACGACCUCCACGGCAGGAAGCGACCGCGACCCGACGGUCCACCGGACUUCAGCCAGCGAGCAGGGUUUAUCCAGGACCUGAGGAACCAGCCAGUGGACAGGCGAUUUUCCGGCGUGAGGCGAGACGUGUUUCUUAACGGGUCCUAUAAUGAAUACAUGAGGGAUUACCACCACAGCGUCGGCCCUCCGGCUCCCUGGCAGACUCUGGCGGGCUAUCCAGGUGUGGAGCAGCCACCCCCCCACCAUCCCCCCUACUACCACCACAGCCACCCCCCACCCCCCCCUCACCAGGCAUACCACCAUCACCACCACCCACCUCUGCCGCCGCACGAAGCCCCGCCCCCUCGCUUCAGAGACAAGCAGCGAGCACCACAGCACCGCGCCUUCACGUCCAGCCCGCAUGACUAUGACAUGCGAGUGGACGACUUCCUGCGGCGGACGCAGGCCGUGGUGAGCAGCCGGCGGGAGCGAGAGCGGCAGCGUGAACGGGAGCGAGGCGGCCCACGCCGUGACAGAGAUCGGGAGCGAGCAAGGGACAGAGACAGAGAAAGAGAGAGGGACAAGGAGAGGGGGCGGUACCGCAGGUGAUGUGAUGAUGUCACGUCCUGUUAGCCUGCACUGUUUGUGACUGGUUUCCUGUUUUUGUUGAAAAUUAUGAAUAAAAAAAGCUGAGUGAUGACAUCAGUUUUAUUUGAAUAAAGUGAAAACUUGUACAAAUAAAGUUUUGUUCCAAGCUUUUAUUUUGAAAGUCUGCAUCACAUGACUGUGUCACACCCUGCUGAAGCUCCACACUUCAAUUCCCAGAAUCCUCUUUUUUUUUUUUUUUUUUUUUUUUUUUUUUUUUUUUUUUACACGAGUCUGGUGAUGCCAAACAUGAGGGUGGAGGUCCUCUGAGGGGCCGUCACUCAAAUCUACAAGGGCACAUGAUAAGUUUUAUUUUGACAGUGUUUCUGUAUUGACUGCUCUUUUACUGUGAAAAGC